GAAUUGCGCGGCCACAGCGCCGCUCGCGUCGCCCGCACCCGCGCCGCCCGGCCCUAGGCGUUGAUCGGAGUCCCGGCUUCCACCGUCGCCGCGCGGCCAGGGCGCACUCCGCCCCGCGACCCUCCGCUUGCGCCCCCUCCACGAGCCGCCGCGCUCCGCUCCCAUCUCCCCUCCCCGGGGUCCUACCAGCCCCUUCCUGCCACCGCCGCCGCCUCUGGAGGAGCCGGUCCACCGAGGGUCACCAUGCCCAGCAAAACCAAGUACAACCUUGUGGACGAUGGGCACGACCUGCGGAUCCCCUUGCACAACGAGGACGCCUUCCAACACGGCAUCUGCUUCGAGGCCAAGUAUGUAGGAAGCCUGGAUGUGCCGAGGCCUAACAGCAGAGUGGAGAUCGUGGCUGCCAUGCGCAGGAUCCGGUAUGAGUUUAAAGCCAAGAACAUCAAGAAGAAGAAGGUGAGCAUUAUGGUUUCAGUGGAUGGAGUAAAAGUGAUUCUGAAGAAGAAGAAAAAGCUUCUUUUAUUGCAGAAAAAGGAGUGGACAUGGGAUGAGAGCAAGAUGCUGGUGAUGCAAGAUCCUAUCUACAGGAUCUUCUACGUCUCUCACGAUUCCCAAGACUUGAAGAUCUUCAGUUAUAUCGCUCGAGAUGGUGCCAGCAAUAUCUUCAGGUGUAACGUCUUUAAAUCCAAGAAGAAGAGCCAAGCUAUGAGAAUCGUCCGGACAGUGGGGCAGGCCUUCGAGGUCUGCCACAAGCUGAGCCUCCAGCACACACAGCAGAAUGCCGAUGGCCAGGAAGAUGGGGAGAGUGAGAGGAACAGCAACAGCUCAGGGGACCCAGGCCGCCAGCUCACUGGAGCCGAGAGGGCCUCCACGGCCACAGCGGAGGAGACGGACAUCGACGCUGUUGACGCCCCGCUGCCAGGGAGUGACAUCCUGGAAUUCAGCCGAGGUGUGACUGACCUUGACGCUGUUGGGAAAGAAGGAGGCUCCCACAUAGACUCCAAGGUCUCGCCCCUCCCCCAGGAGCCCAUGCUGACAGCCUCGCCCCGGAUGCUCCUCCCCUCUUCUUCCUCGAAGCCCCUGGGCACGGGCACUGGCACGCCGCUGUCCACCCACCACCAGAUGCAGCUCCUCCAGCAGCUCCUCCAGCAGCAGCAGCAGCAGACGCAAGUGGCUGUGGCCCAGGUUCACUUGCUGAAGGACCAGCUGGCUGCUGAGGCUGCGGCGCGGCUGGAGGCCCAGGCUCGCGUGCACCAGCUCCUGCUGCAGAACAAGGACAUGCUCCAGCACAUCUCCCUCCUGGUCAAGCAGGUGCAGGAGCUGGAGCUGAAGCUGUCAGGACAGAACGCCAUGGGCUCCCAGGACAGCUUGCUGGAGAUCACCUUCCGCUCCGGAGCCCUGCCCGUGCUCUGCGACCCCACGACCCCGAAGCCAGAGGACCUGCACUCGCCGCCCCUGGGCGCAGGCUUGGCCGACUUCGCCCACCCGGCGGGCAGCCCCUUAGUCGACCACAGCAUGUUCGAGAACUUGAACACAGCCCUCACUCCAAAGCUACAGUCAAGCCGUUCCUUCCCCCACUUGUCCAGACCUGCAGCCCCCAGCUCUGCUGCCCCGGGGUCCGUGGAGCCCAGCGGGCCAGGACUCUGGGUGGGCAGCAGCCAGCACCUCAAGAACCUGGGCAAAGCCAUGGGGGCCAAAGUUAACGACUUCCUGAGGAGAAAAGAGCCCUCGAGCCUGGGCAACAUGGGCACGAUGGAGGUCAACAAGACUGCAAGGGCCCAACUGGCUGGCGGGGCUGACGUGGAGGACGGAAGGUCAGCCCUGCAAGAAGCAUUCCCUCGGCUGGAUCCCCCACCUCCCAUCACCAGGAAGCGAACCCCUCGGGCCCUGAAGACCACCCAGGACAUGCUGAUUUCCUCGCAGCCCGUCCUAAGCAGUCUGGAGUGUGGGACAGAGCUGCCAUCUGGGCAGCCCCAGGAUUCCCUUCCCACUGCCCAGCCCCUCCCAGCAAAUGCCUCACAGCCAGAGUCCACCAUGGAGAUGGGGAACAGGGCCGAGGCUCUGCCCAAUGGGGAGGUUUCCCUGUCCGUCCCUGACCUAAUCCACAAGGACAGCCAGGACGAACCCACACUAAAGACGACUGAGUGCAGAAGGGCCUCCUCCCCUGGCGUCAUCGAGAGAAAUAGCCUCAAACUCAGCCUGGACCCCAUCAGCCUGGCUGAGUCUCUGGAGGACAGCAGCCUGCCAUCUCCGGCACGGACCUCCAGCCUUGACAAUGAAGGCCCUCACCCAGACCUGCUGUCCUUUGAGUAGAGCUGCUUCUGUUCCCGCCGAGCACCCCUUCCCCUCCACUGUGCACCCUCACUCUUGCCCCUGCUUUUUCCUGCUGUUUGUCCUCCUUGCACUAGGCUGCAGCAGAGAGCUGAUUCUCCCACACAGGCUGUUGCAGGGCCGGAAGUCCCUGAGCAGUCCUCAUUCCAGAGUCUGUCUGUGGAGUGGCCAAAGGAUCCAGGUGCAAUUCCAGCUCCUCUGGGUGCUGGCUGCAGUCCUUGGAUAUUGGAGCAUCUGCUCCUGAGAUGCCCUGGCUUCUCACCAACCUGCAGGGCCAGCAGCCCAGGAUGAAGGUUCUUGGGAGAAUUCUCCUUGCCUGUCUCCCACAUGCUGCCUGCUCUUUUCCCUCUUGGUUCCUUCCUUCUCCCUGGGGCCCCAGAGGCCUGCUGCCUCAUGCAGAAUAGGGCUGGAUGAGGGGUGAUGGAUUUGGCUUGAUGAUGGGCCUAGUCCCAGAAAGCCACACACCUAGAGCACAGCUCAGCCAUGGCUUCUCCUGGUUCCAAGACAGGGCAGGCCUCGGGUUGUCAUCCCGCCUCUGCCUGGGUGGAUGUGGGCUGGGGAGGUUGCAUUCCAGGCCGGAGACCUUCGGUAGUCUUGUUGUCAGGGUUCGUAGGUGUUUCUUAUCUAACCAGAUGGAGAACACGGUGAGCAUUUCCUAGGGUGGGCCACAGAGCCAGCCACCAAGAGCCCAGGUUGCGAAUCUGCAGAGGCCCUGGGCAAGAUGAUGCAGCCAGCAAUGCUUGGACUCUCUGCACAGGAGGAGGAACCAGGGCUUCCCUUGCUGUGUGUGAAGACAAGGCGAGGGAGGCCCUGGCCAAAGCAGCAGAGCAAGUUCUGAUCUUGUUUGGAGGGAGGGCCCAGGAACCUGGCAUCCAGUCCCGUGAGAACUCAGAGCAGCAGUGGAGAAGGCAAUGAAAACAGGAUGCAGAAAGAGCAGUUGGCAGGACUCAGAGCUGCUUUUCAGAGGAUAAUACAGCCUGAGGGGUUGUCGUUCUAAGGUCUCAGCAUGGUAAGUGCCAGAACCAGGGUGAGGAGUGAGAGAGGUUGGAAUGUGCCAAGAACCAUGGGACAAGCUCCCCUUAGGUAGGACAUGCUCUCCUUUUACGCUGAAGGUGGUCUCCACAUGCGUGCCAUGGGGGUCCAGUGAGGGAGUGAUGGUUCACCCAACCCCACUGGUCCUGCACUCCUGAUUUAACCCAUUUCUAUGUUCCUGUCUCCCACCAGGGGUCCUGUCAUGCUGUCUUCCUGUGACCAGGACACCUUGUCAGGGGAUGAUCCCAGCGUCAGGGGCCUUUGCAACAAAAAGAGAACAUGCCAUUUCUUGAGCAGGGUGGCUGGUCCUGGGGAGAAGGCUGGGAAUGAUGCACCCGGCCAGACAGGCUGUCCAGUCCUCCUCCUGUGAUUCCUGCUGCUUCCCACUCUGGGUGCCCCAGCACUCAUGUCUCACUUCAUCUCACCACCUAGUUCCUGCUUCUCUCCUCUGCCACAGAAAAUGUCUAAGCCAGCUCCUGCAGACCUAGGAGCACCAGGGGACACCAGGAUGCAGGCUGCCCUUCUUGCAUCCUUGUUUCUGCAGCCAUGUGGCCUUGCCACAGCCUUCCUGUCACCUUUUCUUCUACCCUGUCUUCCCAGAGCAAAACCUGUUGUCUCAUCUUCCUCAGGAGGGCCCAGGCAUGCCAGGCUCCUUGCAGGCGGUGUUGAAGUGAGAGACGAUGUUACUGGAUUGAGUAGAUCCUGCCUUACUCUAGGAACGUCACAAGGCUGUGAUACCUGGUGCCGAUGCUCAGAAGUUCUCAGGACUAGCAUUUGUGGACCUGUGAGUUUUCCCAGAACAGCUUGGGGUUCAGCACAAAAACACAGAGCAGGGAGCCAGGAGGUAGCCCGCUUUCAUCUGUGCUUCCAUACCAACAGGGUUUGCUUCUCUGAUAGGAAACUUACUAGGCACCAGCACUGUGGGGCUGCUCCUUUCCCAGAAACCAGGGUGUCUCUGGCCAGGGGAAAUGGUAGCUGAAGGUACAGAGGUUGCAGGCCUGAGCUGGUUUAAACAUCUUGCUCUCCAGUCCACACCCAGCCACCACUGAAGUCUCGGCCCUCAGACCCAGGAUUAGCACAGGGAGCCUACUGGCUGUCCCAGGACUAUGGCCAGGGUGACCCCAGAGUUCCUCAGACCUGUGUCUAGCAUCGAACAAGGGGCUGUGCAACCCUGCUUCAGGCUUCAGUUGGCCUCUCUGAUCUCCACCUUGGCCAUCCUUCAGCAAGGGCAAUGCUGCUCCUAGGGAUGGGGAAGCCUCUUUGAGGCUAAAAUCUGGUCCUUGAUGCUGCAGACAACACCUGGUGCUAGGGGCUCAGUGUUGCCCAAAGGCCAGCAGGAACAGCAACUUCUAUCCUGCUCAGGGCCUCUGAUCCGACCAGCUGUCUGUCCAAAGCCCCCCUUGGCUCCCCAUGUCCAUCUCAACAGCCUGACCUUCCUGUGACUGCAGCAUGGCAAUCACCCCAUGACACACAUACCCCCCUCAUGGUGAGUCCAGCUCUGGAAACUUUACCCUGAGGUUGCCCAGUCUGCUCAAGGGCAGAGUAUCAAGGAGAAAUGAAGGGCCUGUCUUCUAUGUCCACAGAAGGAAGUUGGGGCCACAAAGUCUUUUCUCUUCCUGUUACCCCCUCUCCAUGUCCCCAUACUCAGCAAUAGCUUUACCCUGAGAGAUACAAGGUGAGCUUCCAGAACCUGGCAGGAGGGUGGGCUCUUCCCCUGCAUGGAGAGAAAUGUAUCUGUCAUAAUGAAUGUGGGUGAUAUGAAGACAUUCACAUAAUCCAUCAACUUUUAAAGAACAAAGAGGUUGGCCCCAGUUUAGGGGAAGAAGAAUAAAUAACUAUAGAGCUCUUCUGAAUGUUUUCUAGAGACUUUAUAUUUAUAUUUUUAGUAAUUUUCUGGUAGAAGGAAGCUACACAAUAAAAUGAUUUGGUUUGGU